CUACUCAAUUAUUAAGACAACUCCUUCCCCCACUCCUCUCUCUCUCUCGCUCCUCUCCCUCUCUCUCUUCGAGGCAUACACAGUUUUGCUGCAAAAUGGAUAUGUUAUACUGUUAUCUUGCUGUCUUCUUCUUGUCCGGUCUCCUUAUUUUCCGACUUCAACAUCGUCGCCGUCGAAUUUCACCACCCAGUCCAUUUGCACUUCCAAUAAUAGGCCACCUUCACCUCAUUAAGGAUCCCCUGCACAAAGCUUUAGAGACCCUAUCACUCCGAUAUGGUCCCAUUUUAUUUCUCCGCUUUGGUGUCCGGCCAGUCGUUGUCAUAUCAUCUCCCUCUGCUGUUGAAGAGUGCUUUACCAGGAAUGACAUAAUAUUUGCGAACCGGCCUCCAACCCUGUUUGUGGAUGUUCUAUCUUACAACUAUACUUCCUUUGUGCUUGCUCCGUACGGUCACCUUUGGCGAUGCCUUCGUCGCCUGGCCGUGAAUGAAAUUUUCUCCACAAAUGCCCUCCAGAAAUUUUCUGCAAUCCGUGAAGAAGAAGUCUACUGUAACCUUCUUCGCCGACUAUAUGAAGUCUCAAAGGGGGGAAACCAAAAGGUCGAGUUGAGGUUUUUUUUCUCCCUCCUGACAUUUAGUGUUUCUAUGAGGAUGAUUUCCGGAAAGCGCUGUGUUGAAGGAGAGGCAACAGGCAUGGAGGUAGGGAGGCAACAUAUCCGAGAACUCAAGGAGAUUUUCAUUCCAAGCGCCUCAAUGAAUAUCUGCGAUUUCUUGCCUAUAUUGAGGUGGAUUGGUUACAAAGGAUUGGAGAAGAAUAUGGUGAAGUUGCAUAGGAGAAGAGACGAGUUCCUACAGAGUUUGAUAGAUGAGGUUCGACAAAAUAAAAAUGUUAGUUCUUCUUUGCAUGCCACUCGUGAAACAGAGAAGGGAAAGAACAUGACCAUGAUUGAAACUCUCCUGUCCCUCCAAGAAUUUGAUCCCGACUCCUAUUCAGACAGUGUCAUCAAAAGCAUAAUAUUGAUAAUGUUUGUUGCAGGAACAGAUACGGUAGGUGUCACUUUGGAAUGGGCAAUGUCACUUCUCCUCAACCACCCAGAGGUGUUGGAGAAGGUGAGAGCAGAGAUUGAUAGCCAUGUUGAAGAUGGGCGCUUAAUUGAUGACUCAGACAUUUCCAAGCUUCCCUAUCUCCAAUGUGUCGUCAAGGAGACACUUAGGUUGUACCCUGCAGCCCCGCUGCUGCUACCUCAUUUUUCGUCUAGUGACUGCACCCUCGAGGGAUAUAAAAUACCCCGGAAGACCAUAUUGUUAGUGAAUGCGUGGGCUCUGCAUAGAGAUCCCAAAGUAUGGGAUGAGCCAACCAAGUUCAAGCCAGUGAGAUUUGAAGCCGUUGAGGGGAAGAAAGAAGGAUUCAAAUUCGUUGCUUUUGGUGUAGGGCGGAGGGCAUGCCCAGGCACUGGCAUGGGCAUGCGGAUGGUUUCACUGGCAUUAGGUGCACUCAUUCAGUGUUUUGAGUGGGAAAAGGUUGGACAGGAGGUGGACAUGAACUGUGGCGCUGGACCAUCAUUGUCCAAGGCUGUGCCGUUGGAGGCUGUGUGUACUCCACGGAAGACUAAAAACUUGGUUGAACUCGUCCCUCAACUUUGAAUUCAGAGUCUAUGGCGUUUCUUUUGUGGUUGAUGUUGUUAGUUGUUGUUUUUUCUUUCAAAUAAACGGAGUCUUCAUUUAGAAAAA